AUGGAUGAUGUAACAGUACUAGUACAAAGCCCCGAAGAGUUAUUAAAAAAUCUCGAAAUGGUAUUCGAGAGUAUAAAAAGAGCGGGCAUGGUGUUAAAACCUGAAAAAUGCGAAUUCUGUAAAACAGAAACCAAAAUUUUGAACCACUUAGUAUCAUUCAGAAAGAUACAUCCUAACCAAGUCAAAAAAGAAGAAGCUAAAAAACUGAAAGUUCCUAAGAC